AUUCGAUUAGAAGUUGAUUAACAAUAGAUGUUUGUGCCUUUAUUCGAGACAAAUAGUUAGAUGAAAGUAAUACAAAAAUCUUGGUGAAAUAAUUGUUCCUGGUGCAAACAAAAUGUCCAAUUUAGUCUUAAGCGCAGUGAAUUUGCACACGAAAGCCCAUGGGAAUGUCAAUAAUGGGCACAUUGGCGAUACAGAGACACCAAUUCAAAUCGAUGAUUUAUCCUGCAUUAAUACAGAAGACACAACUAUAGCCACAACUAGCAAACCAAUAGGAUUCCUGAAAAAUGAAAACAAAUCGGAUUUCUUUGUGACGAAUCGACAGAGAUCACCGACAAAAUAUUCACUCGGCAGCAAUAAUAUUUCGAUCGUAACAUUUGAUGAAAAUGAGAAUGAUUCAAGUGUUAUCGAUUCAGAUUCGGAUGGUGAUGAUGUGAUAAAUUUUAAUGAAUAUAGAAACUCCGUUGGCUCUGUGGUAGUGAACAAAUUCGUCGAACCUCCAAACAUUUGCCAGUCAAAUAAUUUGUGUGCAAUCAAUAAUGCCAAGCCAAAUAUUGGCAGUUUAGCUGUACAAAAUUCGUCUGAUGUUACGUUCGGUGACAAGUAUUUGGGCCCAGUGACAAUAAACCAGUAUGUACACGAUAACGAGCUCAUCGGAUACGCAAACAACAGCACAGUUAACAAAUUUCAUUCGGAUCAAAUUCAUAAGAAAUGGAAGUGGACUAAAAAACAUGUGAUAGUAGGCGUUAUUGCUGGCGGAAUCUUGACCAGUGCAUUGUUUGCGGUAAUAUUAGUAGUAAAGCUCAACUCUGACGAGGAUUCACUGCCAACAGGUCCAGUGAAAAUUAUUUCGCGAAAACAAUGGGGUGCUAAACCAGCCAAAGUAGAAUUAAAAAAAUUAAAUGUGCCAACACAUCGUGUGAUAAUCCACCACACAGGCAUUGAUUAUUGCACAACGCAGGAUGAAUGCAUCGCUCUAGUUCAGUAUACUCAGAUAUUUCACAUGUUCCAUAAAGGAUGGGAUGAUAUUGCUUAUAAUUUUCUCGUGGGUGGUGAUGGUGCCGUCUAUGUUGGUAGAGGAUAUAAUUUAGAAGGUUCACACACCCUCGGUCAUAAUAACGAUAGCAUUUGCAUUGCAUUCAUUGGGCGAUUUAAUGACAUCGAACCGCCGAAACGUCAACUCUAUGCUGCCCAAAAAAUAAUUGAAGAAGGACUUGAGUUGGAAACACUAGCUCCAAAUUAUAAUUUGUAUGGUCAUUGCCAAUUGGGUACACACGCGAGUCCCGGUCCAGCUCUAUUUCGGAUUAUUAAAAACUGGAACCAUUGGACUGAUAAUCCAAUGGGCAUAUGUCAAUCCUAAUUUCGAUACCCCAAUUUUCACCUGAAUUGAAAAAUUUGCACAUAAAAAUCAUACUCUCAAAAUGUGAUUUCGUCCAAUUUUGCUAAAAAGCCAAGGUCAUAUUGGGUGAAAUAAGUGCUCCAAUUUCGCAUACUUUGAGCCAAAAGCGUACACAGUAUCAUUGGGAAAAUUAAAUGAUAUCGUUGAAUCAAAAACGCAUAUAAUUCAUUAUACCAGCCUAUUGAUGUUUUUUUUCGCUAUGUGAACAUUUUCCAUUGAAACUGAAGAUACACAACAGCAAUUGAUAAAAUGUGAUAUUAUUCAAUAUUUGCAUUAUUAUAAUUUCCGUUUUGUUACUUUCAACAUUUUUGACAUAGAUUUCAAUAAAGAAAUUGUUGAUGAUGA